AUGCAUGUUCAGGGACAGACAUUUUGCUUCCAAGGACCUGAAAUGGAGGAAAAAGAGCCAAAUGGAAUAAGACGCUUGGAGGCUGGCGAAACGGGAAGUAUUGAGAGUUUGUACGAGAUAAUUCACCAGGAUGCAUUCAUUUUAGAGCGGAUUGAUCAAGUGCCUUUCAUUGAUACUCCAUUACAUAAAGCUGCAUCCGCAGGGCAUAUUGCUUUUGCAAUAGAGAUGAUGACUUUAAAGCCAUCAUUUUUCAGAAAGCUAAACCCAGAUGGGUUGAGCCCCAUGCACUUGGCUUUGCGAAAUGAUCGCUUCCAAUGGGUUCUGAUGCUCUCAAAGAUUGAUAAAAGCCUCCUUCGCGUCAAAGCAAGGGAGGGUAUGACUCCUUUUCAUUAUGUUGUUGAAAAAGGGAACCUUAAUCUUAUAAAGCAAUUUCUUGAAAUAAGCCCUGAAUGUACCAUAGAUUUGACAGUGAAAGGAGAGACUGCCCUGCACAUAGCCCUAAAAGAGGACAGGGUUGAAGCUCUUGUAUAUAUAGUCCAUUGGCUUCAUCGUCGAUGCUUCCAAUAUGUUGAAAAUGCAGAAUAUUGGCCAAGAAAAGUCCUGAAUUGGGGGGAUCUUGAAGGAAACACUGUGUUACAUGUUGCAGCAAAAAGAAAUGAAUCACAGGUAGUAAAAAGAUUGCUGUUAACCAAUCAAAUAGAUAAGGAAGCCAGGAAUUCGGAAGGUUUGACAGCUUUGGAUAUCAUAGAACGUGAAAGACACAGAAACCUAGUAAACAAUGAUGAGAUCAGGUUAAUGCUAUGCCGUUCUGUUCAGAAUUUGAAAUUUUCCGGAUUUGGCCAACCUAAAGCCUUCUUUGCAAAGAUCAUUAACAAUUUUUUCCAUAUAGAAGUGGCACUAUGCCGUGCGAGUCUGAAUAUGAGAAAUGAAACCCGAAGCGCGUUCUUAGUAGUUGCAGGCCUGAUUUUAGCAGCAACCUACAAUGCCUCUUUGAAUCCGCCUGGCGGUUUGUGGACGAGUGCUGAUAGAAGUGCUAGCAUGAAUAUCAGUAGCAAUCACACCCUUAAUGGAACAAGUUCAUCUCCACAGCACAUGCCUGGCACAUCAAUCACGGGUGAAGCACAAUUUUUUCUAUUCUGGACUUUGCUACGUCAUUUCCAUGGUAAUCACCCGUCCAACCCCAGUCUGGAAUUUAGUUAA